AUGGGAGUUCCGAAAUUUUAUCGAUGGAUUAGUCAGCGAUAUCCUUGUAUUAAUCAAAUAAUUAAAGAUAAUGAGGUUGUUCCAAUAGAUCACGUGUACCUUGACCUUAAUGGUAUUAUCCACUCCUCCUCCCAUUGCGACGGAAUGGCUUUCGAUGUUUUCGAUGAAGAUAAAGUUUUUCAAACGAUCGCAAAUUAUAUUAACUAUAUUAUAAACCUCAUAAAGCCUCGAAAGACAAUUUUUCUCGCUGUUGACGGCGUAGCACCUCGUGCCAAAAUGACCCAACAGAGGGCUCGUCGUUUCGUUGGACCCAAAAAAGUUGCCGAUGAAAUUAAAAAGCGCAAAGAAAAGGGACAGAAGAUAGAUGAAACGACCAUCUUUGAUUCCAACGUUAUUUCUCCUGGCACAGAAUUUAUGGCUCGUCUUCAUGAAUAUUUUAAGACCUACAUUGCUAAUCAAAUUACCAACAAUCCUAUUUGGCGACGUGCUGAUGUUAUUUAUUCUGGUCAUGAUAUUUUCCUUGGAUUGGCUACCCACGAACCAAAUCUCUGUAUUCUCCGUGAAAAUGUCUAUACAGUCAAAUCCCCAAUUCCGCAAAAUAUUCCAUUCUGCCUUGUUCAUUUAUCGCUUUUACGCGAAUACAUUGGUCUGGAAUUCGGGGAUCUCAAGGAUGAAAUUUCCUUUCCUUUUGAUCUGGAGAGAAUUAUCGAUGAUUGGAUAUUUAUGGGCUAUUUCCUUGGCAACGACUUUAUUCCCAAUCUUCCCAACAUGCACAUCCAUGCAGAGUCCUUUAUUUUCCUCUGGGAUACCUAUCAUGUGGUUUUACCCAAAUUAGAUGGUUAUAUCAAUGAUUUUGGGAAGCUCAACUUAGAACGCUUCCAUGUGUUUAUUACGGAGCUGGCAUCGUUUGACAUGCAUUGGUUUGCCGAGAGCCAAGCCGACCAGCGUUGGAUGCAUGGUAAACACGGGGCUAAGAUGGCGCGGGAAUUGCAGCGUCUGGGUAAAGAAAAAGCCAUGCCAUCGAACGAACCACCGCUCAAGCCAAUUAAACCCCAGCCGCCAAAAGCAUCAACUUCAACUCCCGGACAAGAGGGGAAGGAGGAGGAGGAGUCGAUUGUGGGCUUCUUUGGCGAUGACGACCCCUCUAUUCUUCCACUUAACUCGAUUGAAAGUGUUGAUGAAAAGCUAGCUGUUUUGAUGGCCAACGUCAAAGUGGAUAUACCUAUCCCAUCACAGGUUGCAUCACUUGAAGAAAUAGAGCCCGACAUCUCCGACACGGAAGAUGGUGAAAGUUGCGACCUUUCAGGUACCAUAUCAGAAGGUACUGAAAGUAGUGACUUUUCGGACUCUACUGCAGAGGAUGAAUGCUUAAUUGACCAAGAAUGGAUGCAUCAUCAUCGCCCUCCUCCCCCCUCGCAUAUUGGAACAGACUCCAUUGACAGUGAGGAGGACGAAGAUACCAUCUCCUACCGUAUGCAUCGUCAAGAAUAUUACUCACAGAAAUUGAAGAUCGAUAUUCGGGGCACUUCCAGACGUCCUGAUGAGUCUUUUGUAGAGGCCGCCCUCUUGCCCAUCUGUCAGAAGUAUGUGGAAACUCUCCAAUGGGUUCUUGAUUACUACUUUAAAACAGUAGUCGAUUGGCAACACUACUAUCCCUAUCACUACGCGCCCUUUGUCUCCGACCUUCCUUUUUUCACUAAGAGAUUUCUUAAGGAUGGACCGGAUCAUGAGAAGAGACAUAAUUGGACUACCUUUGAACCCGAUACUAAGCCCCUUUUGCCCUUUGAACAGCAGAUGUUCAUUAUGCCAAUUUCGAGCGCUAGAAUCCUGCCACAACCCUACAGGUGUCUUUUUGCGGAAGAUAGUCCUGUUGCAGAGUUCUUUCCCGAUAAAUUUCAGACAGAUGUCAAUGGAAAAUUGGCUGAUUGGGAGGCUGUGGUGCUUAUUCCAUUCAUUGAUGAGGCAAAAAUGUUGGCAGCAAUGGUUCCUUUGACCCGUUUUCUCUCUCCGGAAGACUCUAAACGCAAUAUUCAUCAUGGUCACCAGCUCUUGAUGGUGAGUGGCAGAGAAAAACUCGAUUUUGCAGACAAACCUACCUUUGAAGAUCUACUCACUGAAGAAGUCGACGGGGAGUUCUAUCGAUCGCAUGUCCUCUCCGAUCCUGAGCAAUGUGUCAAGGUGUACUGCAAGUUGCCCAGACCUGUUCAUCCCUCCUAUCCCAGUCUCUAUCGAGUUCCCUUCACUUCCACAACUGAACAUGUUGGUGUUACGACGUUUUCAUUUGCAAGCAAGGGUCAGAGUAUUCUCCUCACGGUGAACCAUCCACUUGGGAGGAAUGAGGAUGUUGGACCAGCUCCUCUUCGCCAAAUAGCUAGGACUUUCCUCGGCCAUCCUGUCUACACUGGAUGGCCUUACUCGCGUCUUGUGCUCCCAAUCGCUGUAUUGGAUGAGAAAGAAAUUUUUGAAGUUGACAUGUCUUCGAGCAAGACUCGGGUUCUUAAUCGGACCAAUUUGCGACAACAACCGGAUUCACCCCUCUGGUCUUCAGUAAAAUGGCUUCAAUCCCAAUCCGAGUUGUGUGUCUCGCGUCUUCAUGAUCGAUGUGCCAUCACCUUGGCCGGUGGACAACCUCGUGCCGCUCUACUCUGUCUUCCAGUUAGAGAUGCUGCCUUCUCUAUCUCUGUCAAUACCUCCAAUCCCUCCCUUGUCCACGUUCGUCCUAUGUGUCUUAAAACCCAGAAUUUGAACAAACAGUUUGGCGAAAUUCGAAAUCAGCGUCAUGCUAGCCAUAAAUCCAAGACUACUUUUGGCGGUGGACCACGAACGAACAAGCAGUCCCUGUGUCACGAUUCCAACGUGAGCAUCCCCAUCUCCUCGGAGGCCACUUUGGAAAUCCUUGACCUCACCGUAGAACCGUCAUCGACUGCUGCUUUUGAUCGCGCUCUCUUUGAAGUCUUUUCUCGAGCUGACAAGGUCAUUGUUUUCGAUAGGCCUAAGUCAAAGAACUUUGGAAGACUUGGCGAAGUUGUGGGCACGACGAGUUGCAAUAAGCUUGAAGUGAAACUUCUUCCCGAAAUACCACCACCGAAGAAUCAUAGUGGUGUAUUGAAAAUGGCGACUGAGGCAGAUGAUGCUUGUUUCUUGACUGUCCAACAAAUUUCUCGCGAACUACACCUCACCCAGCAUGUCAUCCAACGUCUGGUUGGAGAUUUUAUGGUGUGGGUACCUCAACCUCCGCUUGCUGAUCAUAACCCCGCUACUCGAAGCACACCAUCUCGAUCAGCUGACGAUCGUCGCAAUUUCGCUAAUCUUGGCUUCAAUCUGCGUCUGCACAAUGAUCAAGCUUUUGUGGUAGGCUGGAGCCACUUCUCGACCAUCCGAAACUGCUGGACGUAUUCACGUCGCACUGUGGAGGCUUUAGCCCAGUACAAUCAACUCUUCCCUGAUUUGGUCAAUUUUAUCGGCGCUUUCGAUAUGCACAAACCUCCACCCAAAAUGAGCUCGAUUUACCAACAAAACACUUUUGAUAAUUACAUUAACAUACGCAAUUUCCUCCGCACAAAAGUGAAAAGUAAUCGAACGGUCACGGAUGUGGGUGCUCCCCUUUUGAAUUCCAGUGGCCUAUCCAUAAUCGAGAAUCAUCUUCUACCGGAUCAACCGGCUCAAGUCCAUCCACCUUCCAGAAAUGUUCGAAUUAAAGUUGCUCCUACCGAUUUAUUUGUUGUGAGUCAAAAUCAUGUUCUUCCAUCGAAUAAUUCGAAAAGACGGCAAGGAAGAAAUCGGCAGGAUGUGCGACAGUCCCCUCUCAAAUUAAACUUUACACCUGAGGACCUUGGAUUUCCUGAGGCCCCUAGUGAGCCGCCACCACUAGCUGUUAGUUUAUUUUUUUCCUUGCAUCUAGUGCAUUGGCAAAUGGAUAAGCAUUCAACUAUGUUCGAUGGCGGACUGUUUGAAAUCGAAUCUUCUCUUCUUCAUCAGUCUCAUUCUACGCUAAUUACAUCACAGUUACCACAAGUUCGGCCUUUCACAGGUUUCAACGAGAACGUAGGCCUUCCUGAUCUGCCAAUACAAGUAUCUGAACUAGAUAGUGAGGCAUUUAGUCACACCUUCCAAGAAAUACCGUUACAGGCAGAGCUACCAUCUGCGAACUCUAUGGUUCAAUGUUCAACGUCUCAAUUGCAACAAUUUUCACCGCCGCUCCGAGAGCCAUCAGAGACUAUUGCAAAUGAAUGUGUUCCACACAGGCAACUUCCAGCUGUAGUAUCUGCUGCUUCAACCUACUUUACCCCACCUCAAGUUAGUCCUGAAAAAUUUGCAUGUGAAAAAUCUGCGUCGUUAGGCUUCAGUGGUUCCUUCGCUUGUGACCAUUUCUCAUUCCAAUUCCGCCCCUUUCCGUGUCCCAUGUCAGAUCGGCUCUAUUUUGCGCUGUGUACACGUUCUCCCCUUUUCCGUACCAAUUUCCCUGACGUCCCUGGCUGCGUAGAACACUACGUCGUCCUCUUUCUUUAA